GGUUGCCGGUAAGUCUUGGCCCAGAUCUUUGCUCACCCACGCAAGCCCCAAGCCCGUGCGGACACCCACAGCUUGUCCUUCUCUUUCCGUCCUUCUCUAAUCGUUCCCUUGCUAAUUCGCUGAACAUUGCCGUCCACUCGUUCUCUCUGAACCCUCGCUGCUCAUAUUUUCCCUAACGCUCACUUUCGCUCUCUCCCCCUCCACCAGACCCCCAGUUUUCGAAAACCCUAGCGCACGCUUACAGAUACUCGCUGUUAGCUCGCUUGAGGUGAUGGGUUGAAGGCACAACGAUACCAUGGAGUGGGACAGCAAUUCGGAUUUGAGCGGGGACGAGGAAGAUGGAUUCCUGCUGAAUGACGGGGGGCCACUGCCCUUCCCGGUGGAGAACCUCCUCCAGACCGCUCCUUGCGGGUUUGUAGUCACUGAUGCUUUGGAGCCAGACCAUCCAAUUAUAUACGUUAAUACUGUGUUUGAAAUGGUCACGGGUUACCGGGCUGAGGAAGUCCUCGGUCGCAAUUGCCGUUUCUUGCAAUGUAGAGGUCCAUUUGCUAAAAGAAGGCAUCCAUUAGUGGACUCCACAGUAGUUUCAGAAAUAAGAAGAUGCCUUGAGGAUGGGGUUGAAUUCCAGGGUGAUCUGUUAAAUUUUAGGAAAGAUGGAUCUCCAUUGAUGAACAGAUUGCGGAUGACCCCUAUUUAUGGAGAGGAUGAAACAAUUACUCAUUAUAUUGGUAUCCAGUUCUAUACUGAAGCAAAUCUUGAUUUGGGUCCACUACCUGGAUCCUCAGCAAAGGAAUCUACAAGGUCUUUGGAUCUAUUUCACUCUGGUCUUUCCUCUUACAGUUCAGUGCCAGCUGGAAACCGAAAUAUUUGUCGUGGGGUUUGUGGGAUUUUACAAUUGAGUGACGAGGUAUUGGCUCUAAAGAUACUUUCACGUUUGACACCGAGAGAUAUUGCCUCUGUUGGCUCUGUUUGUAGGCGACUUUAUGAGUUAACUAAGAAUGAGGAUCUCUGGAGAAUGGUCUGCCAAAAUGCAUGGGGUAGCGAGACAACUCGUGUACUAGAGACGGUUCCAGGGGCAAAGAGGCUUGGAUGGGGUCGGCUGGCAAGGGAAUUGACCACUCUUGAAGCAGCCACAUGGAGGAAGCUAACUGUUGGCGGUGCUGUUGAGCCCUCUCGCUGCAAUUUCAGUGCUUGUGCAGUUGGUAACCGGGUUGUCCUUUUUGGUGGGGAAGGGGUAAAUAUGCAACCAAUGAAUGACACGUUUGUAUUAGACCUGAACUCUAGUAACCCAGAGUGGCAACAUGUCAAAGUGAGCUCCCCACCACCUGGUCGAUGGGGUCACACACUUUCUUGCAUAAAUGGGUCUCAUUUGGUUGUGUUUGGGGGUUGUGGACGGCAGGGCUUGCUUAAUGACGUCUUUGUGUUGGAUUUGGAUGCCAAGCAUCCAACUUGGCGAGAAAUUUCAGGAGUGGCCCCUCCACUUCCAAGAUCAUGGCACAGUUCAUGCACCCUUGAUGGUACCAAGUUGAUAGUUUCUGGUGGCUGUGCAGAUUCUGGAGUACUUCUUAGUGACACUUUUCUGCUUGAUCUCUCAAUGGAGAAACCAGUAUGGAGAGAGAUACCAGUGGCCUGGACCCCACCGUCUCGAUUGGGGCAUACACUGUCUGUUUAUGGUGGUAAGAAAAUUUUAAUGUUUGGUGGUUUGGCCAAGAGUGGGCCUCUUCGGUUUCGUUCAAGUGAUGUGUUCACGAUGGAUCUUAGUGAGGAAGAACCAUGUUGGAGAUGUGUAACUGGCAAUGGAAUGCCUGGUGCUGGAAAUCCGGGAGGCAUGGCUCCUCCUCCUAGACUUGAUCAUGUUGCUGUGAGCCUUCCAGGUGGCAGAAUCCUGAUCUUUGGUGGGUCUGUAGCUGGUCUUCAUUCAGCCUCACAGCUUUAUCUUCUUGACCCAACAGAUGAGAAGCCAACGUGGAGGAUAUUGAAUGUUCCUGGGCGACCCCCAAGGUUUGCUUGGGGACAUAGUACGUGCAUUGUUGGCGGAACAAGGGCUAUUGUUCUUGGUGGUCAAACAGGGGAGGAGUGGAUGCUAAGUGAACUCCAUGAGCUGUCUUUGGCUAGUUCUGUCAUCUAAAUUAGGUGAAAUGCAAUCUAAGUUCUAGCAAAGGAAUUGCUAGUUAUGUAGCCCAUGACAGAAAAUUAUACUGAGAAACAUAAUCAUAGGAGGGAGUUGCAUCACAAAACUCUAGGCAGGUAACUUCUCUGAUGACACUUUAACCGGAGGUGCUUCAUGAUGCAUUUUCUUGUACGAGGUAUUAUUGGUUCGGGAUGAACUUUCAACGGGUGACUUGAAUCCGUAUUUAUUUUUGUGAGGUUUGUAUGACCAUCCUUCAGUUUGUACUAUGGAUGAUUUCCAUUAGGUUUGUAGUUCAUAUGGGCAGGUAUUGUAUCUGUAGGUGAAGUUUAUUUCUUCCCCCUGCCCCCAAUUCCCUUCUCUUUGUGCCCCGACCAAAAAGGAGAAAAAAAAAAGUCCUCAGUGAAGCAUGUGUUCCUUUGCUUCAUAUUCUGUAAUUUCGAAAGAGAAAAGGUAUGUAUAUAGUGAGAGACAGAUGUUAGUCUUUCUGUUGUGAUGGAGGCAUUUGGUCACCUAUUGCUUAUUAUGGCAUCUCAUUAGAUUAAAGUUUUUGUUAUCAAAGUGACAGGCAGGACAAGAACCUGUGAAACCCCAUUUGUGCAGUACAUGGCAAUGCCUAUUUGUAGCCCUUUGAUAAAAUUUUCCUGGCAACGAAUUGUUUGCUUGUCUA